GCUCGUCAAACCCGGUGUGCACUGUCUCCUCUUUGACGAGGAAGGCAACAUUGUCGACCAACACCAAACCAAGGAAGGAAUCCUGGUCUUUGCCGUCGACAAGGACCAUCCCAUCAAGAACCACCCCAACUUUGCCAACGCCGAUCCCGGCAACAAACUCUCACCCUUCGGCUUCCUUGAGGAUGGCUCGCCCCGUGUCUGCACCAUGGACUGGGUCGAGAUGGUUGGCGAGAACCAGUUCACUGUGGUUGGAAGAUUCGACCAGAAGAUCAAGGUCAACGGCGUCUAUGUCGACCUCAACGCCCUCGAGGAGCUGGCCAACGAAAACAUGUCCAAGGUCAUCUCGGACUGUGCCUUCAUCCAGACCUCCGAGAAGAAGAUCGUGAUGCUCUUUGUCCGCAGAAGCGGCUCUCAGGUCAACCCCACUCCUGCCGAGCUUCUGCAGCUGACCGAGGACAUGUUUGCGCUGACGAACGUCGCCAAGUUCCCGAUCCACAACUGCUUCGAGCUCGACGAGUUCCCCUUCAACGACUCGGGCAAGCGCGACCUCAAGAAGCUCAGGCGCAUCGCCGAGAAUGUCGAUCAGUUCGGCAAGUCGGUCGAGUACCCUCGUUUGAAACUCGCCAACACUCCCCUGUCCCGCACUGCCGCCAAGAUCUCCACACUUGGAAGCCAGAUCAUCGACAACCCCGCCCUCGACGGCCGCAACUACUACAUCGGCGGCGUCGGCUUUGACUCGCUGAGUGUCGGCCGUCUGGCCCUCGCCAUCAAGGACGAGUUCAAUGUCGAGAUCUCGCCGCUGAUCUUGCUGUCGAACGGAAUGACACCGACUGAUGUCGCCCAGUUGGUUGUCGACAUCCUCGACGACAGACCGAUGAUUCCGCCGACAGUUGAUCUGGCUGCUGAGGCCGCCAAGCUCGACGAUGCGAGUGUGACGGCCGAGGGUCUCCCUCCGUUUGUCUAUCCCAAGGACCCUCGCGGCAUCGUCCUGACCGGUGCCACUGGCUUCCUCGGUGCCUUCCUGGUCUUUGAGCUGGCACACAAGUUCCCUCGGGCCAAGAUCAACUGCCUGGUCCGAGCCCCGACCGAGCAGGCCGCCAUCGACCGCAUCAUCAACACGGCUCAGAAGUUGGUCCUCGAUCCGAGCCAGAGAGCCUUCCUUGACCACAACCUCAAGUCUCGACUCGUUGGACUGUGCGGCAACCUGUCGCAGGACAAGUGGGGACUCUCGGACGAGCGAUGGAAGGAGAUCAGCGAGGAGACCGACAUGAUUGUCCACAAUGGCGCCGAGGUCCACUGGCUGUUUGACUAUGACAGACUCAGGGGACCCAACGUCCUCGGCACGGCGACGGCCCUGAGACUGGCCACAACCCACCACCUGAAGCCGCUGCACUACAUCUCGACCAUCGGCACGAUCCCGAUGGCCAAGAAGGCAGACAAGCCGCUCGAGGAGAAGAUCUACUCGGCCUGGAACAUCUCUGGCGGGUAUGGCCAGACCAAGUGGGUCUCUGAGCAGCUGGUCAACAAGGCACGAUCGAGGGGAGUACCUGCGACGAUCAUUCGCCCAGCCGUCAUUGCCGGCGACAGCCAGUACGGAGUGUCCAACUCUGAUGACUACAUCUGGCGAUAUGUCAAGGGAUGCAUUCAGCUCGGUGUUGCUCCCUCGCACGCCACUCUCGUCACGAUGACCAUGGAUCCCGUCGACCAUGUCGCCAAGGUGGUUGCCGAGAUUGCCGGCUCGGAGGAGGCCCUGUCCAAGUUUGUGUUCCACAUCAGCGACUCGGAGCACAGUGUCCUCUCCGAGACCCGGCUGUUUGAGAUUGUCAGGAACCAUGGCUGGCCGAUCCUGUUCGAGACCCGCGAGCAGUUCAAAGAGGCAUUCCACUCCCAUCCCGCCGUCGAGAGCAACGCCCUGUUCCCGCUCAUGCACAUCAUGAUGGACAUGUCCUUCACGAUCGACAACGCCAACACCCGCUCGAUCUACCCGACUCCCUGUCCCUCGCUGGAGGAGGUCGUCGAGAAGUGUCUCAGCUAUCUGCAC